AAUUUUGAACAGUUAAAUGUCUCUUAUGUUAUAUUAUAUUUGUUAAAAAUGAUUGUCGAUCGAUGGUUUUGAAUUGUUGAUACAUAUUUAAAUACUAAGUACCUGCAAGUAAUUAUAUAUAUUGUUUGAAAUUGCAUCUAAAUCAACGCCAGAAGAUGAUUACGUUUCUUUCAUGGUAUAUCUGCGAACAAACGGUGUCUGGAAAUCCGUGAGCGACGUGUUCAAGAUGUUAAACAAAACUAGGCCCGAAGAUCCGAUCGAGUUUUUCAAGGCGAAUAUAAAGAUCGAUAACAGCGACAACAGAGCCAUCGAAGAAACGCGUCGUGAAAUUGCAGAGGCUGAAAAAAAGCUAAGUAUUUUAAGACACGACAAACUCGUGUUGACGGCUAAUUUGGAUUUGCACGACAUGACAAUUCGUCUGAAACGAAAACCAAAUUCGGGUGUCGGAAGCACCAUGGUCGACUACGCGGAGGACGACAAAGAAAUGAUUUCCGAAACGCUCUCUCAUUCCGAGCACGUAUAAGUGAGCGCACGCAUCGUACGCGCGGAUGAGUAUACAAACGGCUGUGACGACAGACGUAGAACAAUCGAGCUAUAUAGCAUUAAAAAAAUAAAAAUUAUUGUCCACACGCACUAACAACAAUUCUUAUUAGCCGUACUCAAUAGAUUACCUAUAGUAUAUUAUACAGUUAUUAUUGUUUAUUAUAUUAUAUUUUGAUGAUAUACUCUUGCUCAACCCUAAUAUAGGUAUGACGGUCGGUUGUUCACACUUGCCUUCACGACGAUUUUAUAUUAUAUUCAUCAGGUGGUCGUUACGUAACUAUAGCUAUAUGUAGUAGAUAGGUACGUUUUUUUUCCCGUACGGACGCCAUAAAUACACGAAUAGAUGGUAGAUCACUAUAUGUGUUUCAAUGGCAUCCGCAUCCGAAUUUAUUACAUCGCGGUUGAACCGUUCAUCCUUACCAGAAGCUAUAUACCUACGCAGGAAGUAUGUAAUGAUAAUAACAUAUGAUUUCCAGUGACAGCUAUAUUGAGUACUUAAAUAGUGACGUUGUUACACUUGUUCCAUGUAUAUAUUAUAUUGUACAACAUCUGUAUUGCAGCAAUUUCUCACGGAAUAAUAAUAUCCAAUGUUAUUGUUCAUAACUUAUUGUUUACUGUUUCCCGAGAUUGAUUUUGAUAAAAUAACUAAUUAACUAUAAUGAGAUUAUUCUAUUAUCCCUAUGUUAUAAGUACACAAGUGCCAUACUUUCAAAUUAUAUUAGCAUCAAAUUCAGUGCUCGACUUAUCAAAAUUAAAGUAAGGGGACUCUGUUAACUCUAAAACGUUAUUGAUCCACAGGGAUCAA